UGUGGGCUGUGUGUUUGUGUUUGGUGUGUUUGUGUUGUUUUUUGUACUAUCAUUGUGCAACUGUAUCAUUGUUCAACUGUAUCAUUGUGUUACUGUAUCAUUGUGCUAUUGUAUCAUUGUGCAACUGUAUCAUUUUGCUAUUGUAUCUUUCUGCUACUGUAUCAUUGUGCAAUUGCAUCAUUGUACUACUGCAUCAUUGUGCUACUAUAUUCAUGUGCACUGUAUGAUUAUGCUACUGUAUCAUUGUGCACCUGCAUCAUUGUGCUACUGUAUCAUUGUGCAAUUGUAUUAUUGUGCUACUGUAUCAUUGCGCAAUUGUUUUAUUGUGCUACU